AAGGUGAACUUGGCAUUGAACUUGAAAAGGAUACUGAAGAUGAACCUGAUACUGAACGUGAAAAGGAUACUGAAGAUGGAUCUGGUAUUGAAUUUGAAGAGGACAUUGACAUUGUUAGUGAAUCUGAACCUGGUACUGAGCGUGAAAAGGAUACUGAAGAUGAACCUGGUAUUAAAUUUGAAGAGGAUAUUGAUGUUGUUAGUGAAUCUGAUAAUGCCUCAGAAAAUACUGCUAAUUAUCAACGUGGACACCUACCUCCAAUCUGCAUUAAAAUUUACCGUGGAAAAGCCUUUGGAACUUGGGAAAAAUGUCAAGAGACAUUAAAACGUUACGCACGUCAAAAUAACUUUGCGAUCAAAAAAAAGCGGGUAAAUAAUAGCCUUGAUCUAUGUCAGCAUACUUGGGAUUGUGAACGGUCUGGUAAAUAUGUCUCACGUAAACUGCUCCACCUGAAAAGCAAAGAAAUAAGUGUUCAAAAAGAAUUGGGUCCUGAUAAUGAAACUAUAAUUAAGUUGACAUCGAUGAAGCUUGAACACAACCAUAUGUUGGUUCCUGAAAACGCUAGCUUUGCUAUUAGCUAUCGAAAACUUAUCACAGAAAUGAAGGAGCUUAUUGAAAACUAUGUCUUUUGUGACAUUGAUGUCCUAUCUUAG